CUGUGUUGUCUCCCUGUUGCAGGUGUCCCAUGUGAUGUCCAGCACGAGGAUUUUGUUGGUGACCACAGCUACAUUUUCCGCUUGCCCGAUAACGCCCGCAACCGACUGGUGACCUCCGCCGAGUUUUGGUUCUACACGGGUCUCCCCGCCACCGCCGACCCCUCCGGCCCCCUGCCCGAACUCUUCUUCCUUCUGGAGGACAGCUUCGUCAGCAGCGCCGAGAGCGUGGAGGUGGAGGGCCAGUGGGCUGUCUUCCACGUCUCCGACCCCCUGCUGCGACACCUGACCCGCAGCGUCCUCUUCCUGCAGGUCAAGUGCGCCUGGUGUCGAUGUGGGGGGGGGGAGGAGGAAGACGGCCAGGCCAACCUGCCCUUCCUCUUGUCCUCCACUAAGCCCGCCCGCCCCGGCAGGUCCCGGCGUUCCACCGUGCCCUGGUCUCCGGCCUACGUCAACCUCCUCCAGCGUCCGCCCAGCCCGGAGUUGAUCCACGACGACUGCCACCGCUCAGCCGUCAACAUCUCCUUCGAGGAGCUGGGCUGGGGCAACUGGAUCGUCCAGCCCCGGGACUUCACCUUUUACUACUGUAACGGCACCUGCUCCAACUCAAACCGCCUGACCUCCAGCCUGGGCCUCAAGGUGUGCUGUACCUCCGUGCCCGGCACCAUGAAGCAUCUCAGGGUCAGGACCACCUCCGACAGCGGCUACACCUUCAAGUACGAGACCAUUCCCAACAUCAUCACCAAAGAGUGCGCUUGCAUCUGAUCUCCCCAACCCUCAUCUCAUAGAAAAUAGGCUCAAGGAGUAGGCCAUUCAUCUCAUUGAAGCAUAAAAAAUAGGCACAAGUAGGCCAUUCAUCUCAUUGAAGCAUAAAAAAUAGGCACAAGUAGGCCAUUCAUCUAAUAGAAGCAUAAAAAAUAGGCACAAGUAGGUCAUUCAUCUCAUUGAAGCAUAAACAAUAAGCACAAGUAGGCCAUUCAUCUCAUAGAAGCAUAAAAAAUAGGCACAAAUAGGCCAUUCAUCUCAUUGAAGCAUAAAAAAUAGGCACAAGUAGGCCAUGCAUCUCAUAGAAGCAUAAAAAAUAGGCACAAGUAGGCCAUUCAUCUCAUAGAAGCACAAACAAUAAGCACAAGUAGGUCAUUCAUCUCAUAGAAGCAUUAAAAAUAGGCACAAGUAGGUCAUUCAUCUCAUUGAAGCAUAAAAAAUAGGCACAAGUAGGUCAUUCAUCUCAUAGAAGCAUAAAAAAUAGGCACAAGUAGGCCAUUCAUCUCAUAGAAGCAUAAACAA